AUGCACUUCCCGGAUUGGGGAGAUGCCGCCCAACGGGACUGGGAGUUGGGCGACAAGGGGAAAUGUUGGCAAGACAUAUCCAACACAGAGAUUGGAUCAUCCGCUCAAAUGAACACCCCAGCAGCCGUCGCAGAGGUCAUUGGCGGAGCAGUCGACGCUGCCGCCUCGGCCAAGCCCAAGCCCAAGGCUGUCGUGCUCACCGGCGCCAGCGGGCUCCUGGGCCGCCACCUGCUCGACGGCUUGCUGAAGCAAUCCCCGGUGGUGCGGAAGGUAAUACGCCUCGCCGGGCACGCUGGCGGCGGUGUGACUGCGGCCAUGAAGGGAGCGGCUGUGAGCUCAAAGCCGGGCUUACCACAUCAACUCGGCGACGGAAAAGUCAACGUGGCCCUGGCCCAGCUACAGGCGCUCCUCGGGGAGCUCGGCGGCGGCCAGAACGCUUAG